AUGUUUUCCCGAACAGUUCUAUCGGCGUUCCGCCCAGUCUCACGACCAACGUCGCUACUCCGGCCUAUUCGCGUCCCGGCCACUCCUCUGCCCUCCCUCCAUGCGCGUCUCAUUUCCACCGAAACCAAGGCCGCUAUCGACAAGGCUGUCGCUUCUGCACCGGUCGUGCUGUUCAUGAAGGGUACGCCCGAGACGCCGCAGUGCGGCUUCUCUCGCGCCAGCAUUCAGAUCCUGGGUCUGCAGGGUGUGGAUCCCAAGAAGUUUGUGGCUUUCAAUGUUCUUGAGAAUGCGGAGCUGCGCCAAGGUGUCAAGGAAUACUCGGACUGGCCAACUAUCCCUCAGCUGUACGUCGAUAAAGAGUUUGUUGGCGGCUGUGACAUCUUGAUGUCGAUGCACCAGAACGGUGAACUUGCCAAGAUGUUUGAGGACAAGGGCGUUCUCGUGGCUGCGGAUCAAUGA